UUAGGCUUUUGUUGCUAUCCACUGCUAGAUGGAAGUGCCUCAGGGCUUUGACUUGAGGCUUUGUAACAUUGCCUUUUAUCUAAAUUCUUUGCAAGUAAUUGCAUUUGGGGCAUUCCACAUUGCAGCUGAACAGCACAAACCGAGUGCAGCUGCCAUGAGAGUACUUCUAUUAUGUUUGCAGCUGGAUUCUUUGCUGUGCUGGGUUUCUUCCCUGAUGCUUCAGUAGUGGGCAGCUGGCUCAGAUCUUCUUUGCUUAUUGUUCUGACUUUGGAAGUCUAACAUAACACAGUCCUCACUCAUAUCCAAAUUCAUGCUGAUCCUUAGGGACACACUUUUUGCCAGGAUGUCAGAAGGCUCCUGCCAUGACCUGUGAAGUGCAGGGUGUGACAGGCAGUGUUUGGCUGCAGGCGGUGUUUCCUGGCAGCCCAGGAGCAGACAAGUGCUGAGUCUCUCAGCAGAUGGAGCAGUGAGUCAGCCUAAGGCACUGCAAGGGCAAAGCAAAGACUUUAACCUCUGUGUGCAGAGGGGCUAAACAGCAAUAUCCAUUGCAGCUCUGGAGGAAAGAUUGGCCUCUUGGUUACAGGGAAGGGAUUGAAGUCCCAGUGGAGAAAUGCAUGAGGAGCAUUGUGGCAUGACUUAUGCAUACAAACAGUGCUGGAUGGAUUUUAUGCAAAUAUCCAGAGAAAAUUUAUAACUGAUCUCCACAGAGGUUGUAGGAUAUGCUCAGGGUGGAAGAGCAUAUGAGGAAACUGGAUGUGUUUUGCCAUACGAUGAUGCCUUUUUUUCCUUCUCCAUUCUGUGGAAGGGAGUAAUUGCAAGGCACAUUCAGUCCCUGUUCUGCACUGUCUUCUCUGUGCCAUGCUGUGGCCCAGCCCUUCUAAUAUAAGGGGGAUGCUAACAGUAGUAGAUGAAAAUUCAGUCUCAAAAAAAUUAAGAUGGCUUGUCUGCAGUUUAAUACUGUAACGAAUGAAGACAGAGGUUCUCUAAUUUUAUAUGACGCCUUUCUCUGGGUCUUGAAAUUCAAAUUCUAGCUGUGAGUCUGUCACAGUGCUCCUGAUCCUAGUAAGUGAAAUGUUCUGGUUUUAUUUAUGUGCAUAAUUACAGAUACUCUGUGCUGCUGCUGCAGAGAAUAGGAGAGAGGCUCACAAAUACCGUGACAGAAAUAGGUAUGUUGGCAGAAAUGGCAGAUUUCAAGUAGUUGUAGUGUCUGGGGAAGAAACAUCACAGUGCAGUCUGAAGUGAGGGCAGUGGGAGUAAGGUGUUAGUGUAAGCUUUGGAUGACAGUUUGGUGUUCCCUGUAUUCAUUUCCCUUGCUGGUAGCCUUUGGAGCACAUAGCUGGACCAUCUGAAUAACUUCUCACCUGCCAUCUGCUCCAGCAGCACAAGGAGGGUUGCUGUCCUGGAAAUUCCUUUGAAGCUCAGUUGGGCUUCGGAGGAGCUCAGUACACAGCAACAGUUGUGUCACCUACCUGUGUCUUCCUCCACUGCCAUGGCAGUGUUUGACCCAGCUGUAGGGUCUGACUUUCAGCUGAUUUUCAAACUGACACUUGGUGCAUCACCAGGAACAGAAUUGCUUACAAGUAUUUAGAAGACCUGGAGCCUUUUGUCCAUGCCACAGCAAAAUUUUGGGGUUAUUUUUUUUCUUUUUGGGAUCUAAAUCCUCCUUAAACAGAGAGUAAUACAUGGAGGUGUAUUAUAAAGCUUAAAUUGUUACCUAUUGAGAAUGGCUUUAGUGCCCCAGCAUUCCUUGCAGAGUUGCUUAUUUUCCAUGUGUUUUCUGCAGAUGCUGGGAUAGGAUGGCUCAAUGUAGUUCAUAGAUUUGCUGUGUUACCUCAUCAGAGAAAUUUGAUGAAGUGCAGAAAAUAAUUAGGCUAUUUUAAUCUAAGUAUGUAGCACUGGCAGUUGUAGAACAGGAAGGAUUUUCUCUGGCACUGACUUUUACAUGUGGACAUUUGCCUGAAGAAAUGCCAGACUGUCGCACAUAUACUGGUGUGUACAACACUGGUGCAAAGUAAUUUGCCAUUGCGUAAAGCAUUGUCUUGGCAAGAAACAGUAUUGUUUAUUAAAAAAGCAUACCUAUGGUGUGAUGUCUGGCAAGUAAAAAUCUUACCGGGGUCCUGUAUUUUUCAAGGCUGUGAGCUGAAAACCUCUGUAGGGCGAAACUUUUCUAACCAACAGUUUAAGUCUUGUAAAGGUCUCAGCGAAUGAGGAGGACGAGGAUUUUGUCGUGUUUCGUCUUCUUGAUGAAUUAUUGCAGAGGAUAGACGACAGUCUUUUGUCGAAAAUGCAUUGGAAUGACUCAUCCAAUUCUUCAGAAAGUGACAAUGAAGCUCAUUCAGCCUUCACACAGACUGAGCACAACAUAGUUGCAGCUUACUUAAUAACAGCAGGAGUGAUAAGCAUUUGCAGUAACAUUGUUGUGUUAGGCAUCUUUGUUAAGUACAAAGAGCUUCGGACAGCAACCAAUGCAAUUAUUAUCAACUUGGCUUUUACUGAUAUUGGUGUUAGUGGCAUUGGUUACCCCAUGUCUGCUGCCUCGGACCUGCAUGGAAGCUGGAAAUUUGGAUAUACCGGAUGCCAGAUCUAUGCUGCCUUAAAUAUCUUUUUUGGGAUGGCGAGUAUUGGUUUGCUGACUGUUGUUGCUGUUGAUCGUUACCUGACCAUCUGCAGGCCUGAUAUAGGAAGAAGAAUGACCACCCGUAGCUACGCCACUCUCAUCCUUGCUGCUUGGAUAAAUGCAGUCUUCUGGUCCUCCAUGCCUGCUGCAGGCUGGGCCAGCUACGCUCCGGAUCCCACCGGAGCAACGUGCACAGUAAAUUGGAGGAAAAAUGAUGCGUCCUUUAUUUCCUACACAAUGAGUGUAAUUGCUGUUAAUUUUGUUGUGCCCUUAACAGUCAUGUUUUACUGUUAUUACAAUGUUUCCCGGACAAUGAAACAAUAUGCCAGCAGUAACUGUCUGGAGAGCAUUAACAUAGAUUGGUCUGAUCAAGUAGAUGUGACAAAGAUGUCUGUUGUGAUGAUUAUAAUGUUCUUGGUGGCAUGGUCUCCAUAUUCUAUUGUGUGUUUGUGGUCUUCCUUUGGAGACCCAAAGAAAAUUUCUCCUGCAAUGGCCAUCAUAGCUCCUCUCUUCGCAAAGUCUUCCACAUUCUAUAAUCCCUGCAUUUAUGUCAUUGCAAAUAAAAAGUUUCGGAGGGCAAUCCUGGCAAUGGUGCGAUGUCAGACAAGACAAGAGAUAACCAUAAACAAUGCUUUGCCCAUGAGUGUGUCUCAAAGUGCACUGACAUCGCAGAACUCCAGUCAUUUGUCUGCAUAAGUUACAUGGAAAGGAGUGAAAUCUGGGUUCAAAUUAAUUAAUCUUUUGGACAAUUUCUUUUUGAAUAAUAAUCCUUCCCUGCUAGCUGUUUUGUGUUAGUCAGAGUAAUCUUUUUAGAGAAGUUAAGGAAACAAAACUUGCCAGGACUUUAGUUUUUGACAGUGAGGUUUAUUGGUCCAAUAUGUCUGUCUUAAACAAAAAAGGGUAGCAAAGUGGCCGCUGUGACUCUUACAGAGUUAGAUAAGGUGACAGAGGGCCAGGAAAGAUAGAAGUGCAAAGUUCUUAGCUUCAGUAACCCCAGAUUUUUCAUAUAUAUUAAUUCCUUUCAUGGAGUACUUUCCACCAGUUUCCCUUGAAAGUUCUCCAGACUUUAAAUAUUUUGGAUAUUCCCUAUGACUGUAUAUGCCCAUACAAAGUUUCCAUGUUGAUAUGCUUUGCAAAGUUCUGUUUCUGUGAAUAUGUUAGGGUCAAUAUGUUAGGGUGUCAAAAUAUCUACACUGGCCCCAUAGAACAUGUUAUUAGAUUUUACAAUUUUGAAGGAAUUUCAGCAUAUUUAAAGUAUUUUUUAAAAUUUGACUGGCAGAACUAAAUUAAUUUGUAUUAAAACAGCUAUUAUUUUGUAAGUAGCAUGUUUCUAGAGCUGUGACUGCACAGAAAAUCUUGAAAAUGUGACAAAAUGUACCCUAAAGCUUCACACUUGGGAGACACAUAAAACUGAGUAAAUAUUUAUGGUAAUUUCUCAUCACUUCCAAGUCAAUCUUAUGUUUAUAUAGGUCUGAUGUUUAAUUUUCAAGAAAUACCUUUGUCAGUAUGAGCAGUGGAUUUAGUUAGGUGAAAAAGACGACUGUACAGAUUUAGCUUCAACUAUUAUGUGUGUAUGCAUAUGCAGUUUGGCUUUGCAGUGUAAACUUAUUUAAAGUAUAUGUGUAUUUUUGGCAAAACCCUGUUUUUACAGGAUUUUUUUAAAGCUCUGGAAUCUAGGCUUCCUAUUAAUUUGCCAUUUUCAGUAUUAAAGAA